UUUCCUAUGUCAAUACGCCAAAGAACAUAUUCUUUAAUGCGACCAUUUGUGAGACGACGAUACAAUGUAAUUUGGGAACGAUUUGGCUGCUAUUUCUAGCAAGUUAAACGACUACGCAGAGUCUACAUCGUAGACCAGGCAUACAUAAUCUUUUCGAGAAGCGGGCAGCACUGUCACUUAAUUGAAGAUAAAUCUUCCUUAGACAUGGCACUUAAAAAGCCCCCGUGGGCCUCAGGUUAAUCAUUAGUCUAAGACGUAGACUCGUCAUAGAGAUGCUUCGUUGGCUUAUUUGACGCGCUAGUUUUUACCAAAACAAAUACGGCUAAUACGCACACAACGUAUAUAUACAUGAGUAUAAAAUUUUAUAUUUACAAAUAAAAUUUAAUCUUAUACCAAAACAAAACCCCCCACCAGUCUUCUAAAACUAAAGUAAAGUUUUUGAAAUAUCCGACAAUAAAAUCCCAAGCUUGUGCACUCCUAAAUUCAGCAAUUCCGUGGCUAAUACGGAAUGUACAUACGCAAAGGUGUCGAAGAAUAUACAUUCUCCUUUAACUUACAGUCACGUGUUCAGCCGGGAAGUUUAAAUUUCACUUUCUGCUUUUUUUUUUAAUUAAUAUUCAUUAAUAUUUGAGAUGGCUGUUAACAUGCUUUCGUCACCUUCUUCAUCGUCAAGGAGGAGGUCACUUGAAAGAAUGUUGGAAUCAUUGGAAAGCAAUAUUGAAUAUGUAUGUGAUGAAAGUUCAGUAAAGAAACCAAGAGGGAAGCUGAAAACCUGCAUUGUUAAUGUGAAAGUCUGUGCACAAGCUGUAGGUUUAUCACAUGAAGAUAUUCUGGGACUGGUUAAUGUUGCUGCAAGUCUACGAUAUGGAAUUCAGAUCAGUCGUGAUCUCAUUCGAUGUUGUAUCCCACAAACCACUUUCCCACAAAUAGCUGCCAUCAGACUUCUAUCAUGUAUAAAUCAUCUCGCUAUUUCAGAAAAGGCCAAUACAUCAUUCACGAAAUUAGUAUUUCACUGGAUUGUACUUGUCAUGCCAUACAUGGAUGCCUAUGAUAAGCUUCAUGCAGUGUACAAUGUGUUCUUUUAUCUUCUCAGAAAUUAUGAUAUUCUCCCAGAAAUCUGUUACAUUUUGAGUGAGCUGACUUUAUAUCCUGAUGUUACAUUAUUCCGAAUAAAUGAGCUGAUUUUGUUGUGGAAGAAAACGGGGAAUGUCCCUUCAUUAAUUGGUUUACUGACGAAAUAUAAGAUGCUGCGGCCUGAUAAAUUAGGGCUGUCACUUCCAAAAUAUCAAUGUUUUUAUAGAAUACCAAACCAAAGAUUGCAAAAGAUAAUCCAAGGUGUUCAGCUACGAAGGGGAUUGGAAUUAAGGAAUUUAGCAUACAAAUCUGCUAAAAGUCCUGUUCGAAAGAAAGCCAAACUGAGUAAAUUAAUUCCUCAGGUUCAAUCUUCAAUAAAUGAUUAUGUACCAACUUCUCAUAUUGUGAGGCAGGACCACUUUCCUGAAACAGUUUCAUUCCACAGGAUACUGACAUUUGAAGACCUUCUUCGGUAUAUCGAUCAAAUUCAACUACCAAUUCAAAUUGGUUCUGUGAUUGAUAAUCCGUUGCUUCAGUACCUGAUCACAUACAACAAAAACCGACAUGUAACAGGCCAGUUUAAUUGGUGGCUCUACCACACUUGUUAUGAUGCUUUUAUAGAAAACAGUGUACCAAAUUAUGAUUAUCUGGAAGAGUUUCUGUCAAAGUUAGCAGGGUUCAUGCGUCGUACUAAGGAAGGCACCCCAGCUAUUGAAUAUUUUCUGUACCAGUUCCUUGAUACUUGGGAUGGAUUUCAUUUUAAUCAGUCCAUUUUUAAAUUGAUUCCACACAUCCGAAUACACAAGUUUUCAGAACUACAUCAGAUUCUGUUAGAUCCCCUGAGGAAAAUAUUUUUCCGACGUGGAACUUAUUUAAAGUGCCGGAUUCUAAUAACAUUGACAGAACUAGUCACCAAUUAUAUAAAUAAAUGGCACCAUCUUCAUUUGUUAAGGAAAUCAAAGACCACCAAGAGUGCUAUUGCAGUGGAAUAUGAGUAUCUAUUCCUUCUUUCUUUCUUUCUUUCUUUUUUUUUUUGUUCUCUGUUAUCGGUGUUGAAUGCUUUAUUGUUAAACAUUUUUAUGCAUUUGUGUGUGAAUGAGUUAGUGGAGGAUUGAGGGGAAAGACCCUACUGUCUUAGAAAAGAAACGGAAGGAAGGACAUGUUGAGUGAUGUAAUCCUAGGUAAACUGUGUCUGAUAGAAGAAAGAAAAAAAGACAGGAUCGUAAUUGCCAGAAUGUAUUUGAUCAUAUGUCUACUUGAACUGGGGCUGAACAGUUUCUGGAGGAAACCCAUCCAAUUGUUAAGAGUAGCUGAACCAGUUCAUAAUUAGGCUCUUCAUGAACAAAUCAUCGUUAGCUGCUUUACCUGUUCUGUCCCUCACAAUGUUCUACAUUGCAAUCACAUCCCACUGAGUCUAUUUUGGGUUUACUUUAGUUGAAGUCUUUCAGCUAUACUUGUGAGAUUGUGUGAUCAACCAGACUACUGGAUGUUGUUAUACACUGCUGGUCACAGUGCACUUUGCAUUGUUUUA